AUGCCCCGAGGCGAGAAAUUUUCACGAUCGCGGACUGGCUGUCUACAAUGUCGAAAACAUCAUAAUAAAUGUGAUGAGCAACAGCCAGCCUGCUCCUUCUGUGCUGCACGGGCGUUCGACUGCAAAUACCCAUCAGGUGUGAAAUGGAUUCGACCUAAAGAAUCAAUAUCGACACGGCAUAAACCUCGUCGUCGACCGACUGAACAAAACAUUCCAAGUCAACCUUCGGGGAUUUUUACGGAGAGAUACUUUGAAUCUACAGAAGAGAAACGUGCUUGGGAAUACUACGUGAGGCUGGUUUCAUCCAAUGUUCCCGCUCUAGAUGGCCCCGACAACCCUUACCGGCAGCUAUCAAUCACCGCCCUCUCAUCACCUAUUCUUCUCGAGACCAUCGUCUGCAUAUCAUCGGAACAUAUGCUCAACUUCGGCCUAACCAGCAUUGAUCUCGCCGCCAAGCGCCAGCAACGGAUGCUAAGAACCCUUGGACAAGAGCUGCUCAGCAUGGACAAGGCCCCCUGUGAUCCAGGGACAAUCAUCACAGGCAACAGGCACAAGCGAGAAGCACUCCUGACAGCUGUGAUUCUUCAGGGGAUUGUUGUCGCACAGACAGCAGAUGGCGUGUUAGAGCCUCACGUGAAAUGCGCCUCUUGGCUCAUGGAAGCACUGGGCUACUUCCACGAAACACCGCAAAACUCCAUCGCGCGGAUGAUAGUGCAGCGAUUCGGUAUGGUCGAUGUAAUGUUAGCCAUCUCGAGACAGAGGAGGCCCUACGCACCGCAAGAUUUCGUACUACACAAGCCAGACCAGAACCGUUGGGAUACUACCGAGCCCUCCUUCCAUAAAAUGACAGGUUGUCCACAGCCACUAAUGUGUUUCCUCGUACGAAUAGCAUACCUGGCCUGUGACGUGAGUGACAGCCUAGAAACAGACACAGACGGAAACGCCAUCCUGCUUCAAGCGUUCCAACUCGACACCGAGCUUCGUGCUUGGGGAUCGGGCUAUACUGGAAUGGCAGCGGCACCGGAGCGCACGCCCCUAGAUAUCCUCACCGAAUGCUUCUAUUGGACUGCUCAUUUACUACUCGCCCGUCGUGUCUUUCGAGACCAGACAUGCUCCCCACGUGUGCAGCAUUUGGUGCGCGUAUGCUUUGGCUUAAUGAAUCAUCUAUCGACGGGAUGUGGACCGGAUUCAUCACUCCCUCAGCCGUUUUACAUCGCCGCGAGAGAAGCUGUGUCACAUGAGGACCGUGCAUGGGUUCGACAGAAGCAUAGCUCGAUGACGGCCUAUUAUAGGGAACAGCAGCGGAACUCGGCAAUGGAGCUUAUCGAACAGAUCUGGGAAAGAACGGAUAAGCUGCGCGAGCUGGAGGGCUCAGCAUCUCCGAGGGCUGGACUAUCAAUUGUGGAUAAUUAUGUCCAAGCGCUCGAUAGGGGGUCUUGCUUCUUCAUCUUCUAA